AUGACAGGGAUUGGUGGAGUGCCAGGAGAAAGAAGCAGUAAAGAUUCAGCAAGAGAAUUCAGAGAAGCCCUAGGAGAACUGAAAGGAUUCAGAGGAUGGGACAGGCGGGCAAGGCCAGCCACGUGUCCCGGGACGGGUGGGCGGGGCCUGCCAAAUGUCCUGGGAUGGGCAGGCGGGGCUUGCCCCAUGUCCCGGGAUGGGUGGGAGGGGCUCGCCACGAAUCCCAGGAUGGGCGGGCGAGGCCCGCCACGCAUCCCGGGACGGGCGGGUGGGGCCCGCCAUGUGUCCCGGGACGGGCGGGGCUCACCACGCGUUCUGGGACAGGCAGGCGGGGCUCGCCACGCAUCCCAGGAUGGGCGGGUGGGGUCCACCACACGUCCCAGGAAGUGUGAGCGGGGCCCGCCACACAUCCUGGGACGGGCGGGCAAGGCCUGCCACUUGUCCCGGGACGGGCGGGCGAGACCCGCUAUGUGUCCCAUGAUGGGGGGGCUAGGCCUGCCAUGUGUCCCUGUGAUGGGGGGGCUAGGCCCGCCACGUGUCCCAGGACGGGUUGGUGUGGCCCGCCAUGUGUCCUGGGAUGGGCGGGCUGUGCUCGCCACGUGUCCCGGGAUGGGUGGGCGGGGCCCGUCACACAUCCCGGGACAGGUGGCGGGGCUUGCCAUGCAUCACAGGACGGGUGGGCGGGGCACGCCAUGCAUCCCAGGAUGGGCGGGCAGGGACCGCCAUGUAUCCCGGGAUGGGCGGGUGGGGCUCGCCAUUUGUCCUGGGACGGGCAGGCGUAGCCCGCCACGCGUCCUGGGAUGGGCGGGCAGGGUGUACCAUGCGUCCCGGGACGGACAGGCGAGGCCUGCCACGCAUCCCAGGAUGGGCGGGCAAGGCCCGCCACACAUCUCGGGACAGGCAGGCGGGGCCCACCACGCAUCCCGUGAUGGGGAGGCGGGGCCCGCCAUGCAUCCAGGGAUGGGCGGCUGGAACCUACCACGCGUCCCGGGACGGGCGGCUGGGGCCCGCCACGCGUCCCAGGACGGGCGGGCCUGGCCCGCCAUGUAUUUCGGGACGGGCGGGCAUGGCUCGACACAUGUCCCGGGACAUUUGAGAUGGCCUUUGUCCAAAACGUAA